AUGUGUUACUUAAAACGUAUUGAAGAUUGCGUUACCCCGGUACAAGCAAGAAGCGAGUUGGCUUGGAAUCAAAUAUUUGGUCCUGGUUUAAUCUGGAAAGAGAUUUGGAAGGAUGUCGCUCGAAGUUUUAACGAUCCACUGUUACGUGAUUUUGAUUGGCGCACGGUACAUCGGGUUUUACCUGUCAAUUUCAGAGUGAAUAAAUGGUAUUCACGAAUAUCCUCAGCAUGUGCACGGUGUGGCGAAAGAGUGCAAACGUUCGAACACACGUUGAUUCACUGUCCAAUGGUAAAGGAGAUGUGGAUGUUCAUUUUGAAAUUGUGCAAUCGAAUUGAUGCAUCGGUCCUUGGUCUUUCAGAACGGAAUAUGUUGCUGGGUUGUUUCCCGCAAACAAGAACACGAGACCUUCUGCGUUACUUAAUCAGUGUUGGAAAGUCUAACAGUCUUAUGUAUUUUAAGAAUUACGUGCGAAAUGCAUUGGAAACAGAACAGUGUAUCAUGUACACGGAAAAGGAG